GCCCUAGGCGGCGCCCGGCGGCGGCAGCAGCACUGCCAUGUCGGGGUCGGGGCGGGCGGGGGAGGCGGAUCGGACGCUGUUCGUGGGGAACCUGGAGAGCCGCGUGCGGGAGGAGAUCCUCUACGAACUCUUCCUGCAGGCUGGACCGUUAACCAAAGUGACAAUUUGUAAAGACAAGGAAGGAAAACCUAAGUCUUUUGGAUUUGUCUGCUUUAAGCACAAAGAAUCAGUGCCUUAUGCAAUAGCUUUGCUGAAUGGAAUCCGUUUGUAUGGAAGACCAAUUAAAGUACGGUAUCGGUUUGGGAGUUCGCACUCUUCAGAACUAAACAGCCCAACACACGGUUUUGAGAACUAUGUUGACUUAUAUUCACCUUCAUAUAGGUAUCAGGAGCCUUGUGGAAAUGCUCCAUUUCCUGUUACUCCUUUUCCAAUGAACAAUUGUUUACCUCAGGAACACUUCAUUUUUCAGAAGAUGAUGAACCAUUUUUUAGAACAGCAAUUCACAGUUCACAGUCCAGUGGGUCAGCAGUUUCCUUACUACCAGAUGGCUCUGCCACUGCCUUCAAGCUUAUCCAUUCCUCCGUAUCAGAAUCAAGCUGCAAAUUUUAAGUCUGGGCAGAGUUCUUUUGAGUUGGCCGUGCCACAUUCAAGCGAUGGAAAAGUGUACCAAGUGGAUGAAAGCACCUCUAAAAGAAAGAGAGAACAGCAAAGUUGUGACAGCGACACUAGUACUGAAGAUGACAGAAUGAGACAAAGAGAUCAUGACCAAAAAUACAAUAAGUGCAAAGCCAAGAAAAAAAGGCAUUAAUACUGUAAAACUGGAUUAUUUUUAGUUACAUUUUCUAUUUUUAUUUGAGAGAAAUUCUCUUGUUGUUGCACUUUAUUACAAAAGGAAUGUACAAGACUCGUAUUAAUUUUGAAAUACAUUAUGCAUAAAGUAUACCAAUACUUUAUUUAACCUCAACCAAGUAAAAGAAGAAAGUAUUUUAAAAGGAAACAUUUAAAAAGGAAGGAGAAAAGUCUGUAAUUAUGCUUCUGUUUUCCAAGAAUUAUGAAAGUCUGUUAUUUUGCUAAUUUAGACACUUUGUGAAAAUGUAUACUUUGAACCACUCAUAAAGCAUAUGUAUCACUUCCAUGACUUGUGGAAUUUACCUUUGUGACUGCUUUAAGAAUUCUCUGGAGCUGCUGAAGAAGUGAGCGGCCUAGAAAUUCUAAGCGCUGUAUUAGAGAUCUGCUCGUCACUGAAGUAUCAGUACCUACAACUUUUCCUCUUUCCUGAUUUAUCUAUGCUAUUAUGUGCCAUUAGAAUCACUGUGUACACUUACUGUAACUUCUUUGCUCUAGUAGUAAAUGUAAGGUUAAAAAAAAAAAAAAAAAAAAAGGCCAUUUGCACCAACUACGAGACUUACCUUAUGUAUCAGUUCUCAAAGUGAUGUACUUUAUGGUUGUGAUAUGCUCUGACUAGAACUGCAUACACACAUAUAUGUGGAUCUUUCUAUAAACUUACUCUCCAGUGCUCUA